AGCGGCGUGCCCAUCACUUAGUGGGCGGGGAGAAGGACUAGCGGCGGCCCCGUUUGAAGCAGGAGAUGGAGAUGGAGGCACCGGAGCGGGAAGAGGCCUGGGAAUGCCUGGGCCGCCCUCCGGCCUCUCGUGCAUUGAAGUGUCUCUUUGGAGAGCUCCGUACCCUCUACCAAGAGCGCCUGCAUUGCGUGGGGAUCCAGCUGGCGGAGAAUCCGGAAGGCGCUCGCAAGAUGGAGGUGAGGCUUCUGCAGGCCUACAUCAUAGAUCUGAGUGACCAGAACACCAUCUUGAUUCAGACAGUGGAGGAGCUGGAGAACCAAAUGCUUGACCUCAUGAAACUGGCUGCAGCUGAGGACAAAUUUCAGCACCCGUCCCUGGCUCAGCGCCCGAUGCCAGCUGAAAGCCUUUCAGGAUCCACAACAGCACAGACAGUGUACUGUCUGCCAGGACAGGAGAUGGAGCAAGCAGAACUGAAGUCUCUUUGGGGACUGAAAGAGCAUCUUACUUGUGAGCUGGAUCUUCAGCUGAGAGACGCUGGUCACACCCAGGAGAAGGUGAAAGCAGAGGUUCUGGAGAAAGCAGCUAAAAUUCAAGAACUGCAAGAGACCAUCGCAGAUCUGCAGAACGAACUCUCCCAGAAAGACUUGGAGGUGGCGUGCCAUCUACAGGAGGAGUUCCUCCUGGAGUCACAACUGAGCUCCCUGCCGCAGCUGCUGGAGCAGCAAGCCGCAGAGACCCUGAGGCUUCGGAGCCAGCUCCUGCUUGGGCAGGAUGAGAGAGACAGCCUGGCAGACAAGCUGGAUGCUCAGGAGCAGAAGAUCUAUGAGUUGCAGAGCAAGCAGAGAGAGGCACAGGCAGAGCUGGAACAGAGCUGCAUCCGAGUCCUCCAGUUGGAGCGAGAGCUGGAGGCCAGCAAGCAGCAGCAGGAGGGAUCCCAGAACCAGUUCAGCGAGUGUCAAAGGCAGCUGGCCCAAGCAGAAGGUGAGAAUGAGGUGCUGAGGGCCCACAAGCUGGAGCAGAUGUUGGAGAUUGAGAAACACGUGUCCAGCCUCAAAGAUUGUGAAAGGAGUCCAUGCUUGGAAACAGAAGCGGCCCAGUGGAGCGGCGAGGAGAAGGCACUGACAGAAAGAGCAACAGCUCGGCCGGUGGCACCAGAAGCGGAAGCAGUUGCCUGGAGGAGCAAAUACAGCUUGGCCCUCUCAGAGGCUGCGGAGCAGAGCGAGGCACUGCACAGACUCCAGGAGACCCACAGCGCCCUGCAGCAGCAAAUGACCGAGCAGGAAGGCCUCAUCUGCCAGCUGGAGAUCCAAGUCCAGGAGCAGCAGGAGGACCUGCAAGGAACCAGAGAGCAGAUCUGGCAGCAAAAGCAGCAAAUGGCGAAGCUGGCAAGAGCUGCAGCUGAUAGCCAAGCAGCAGAGCAGCAGGUGCAGCAGUACAAGGACAUUGUCCAGCAGCUGCAGGAAAAUUUGGCAGCCUCUCGGGCUUCCCAGGCUGCCUCCGAGUCCAGAGUCCGCAGCAGUGAGGAGGAGAUCCAGGACCUGCAGCAGAAAGAGUCCUUGGCACGUCACCAGCUGAGGAUGCUGCAGAGUGAGGCCCAGAGGACCAAAGAGCAGCUGGCCUCCUUGCAAGAGCAGCUUUCCACCUGCCAGACUCAGCUGCAGCAGAGUGAAGAGCGGGCGGGGCAGAAGGAGGCCGACUUCCAAGCAGCACAGGAUGAGCUCUCCCGAUGCCAGAAGCGGCUGUCUGAUGCCCACGCAGAGCACCAACAACUGGCCCAGAGCAUGGCAGUGCUGGUGGAGCAGAAGGAAGCCUCCAAGCGAGAGGUUGAUCUCCGUGACCAGACGAUUGUGAAACUUCAAGGAUGUCUGAAAGCAGCUGAGGAGGACCAGGUGCAAGGGAAGGAUGAGCUUGCAGGUAAAGAGGCCGAAGUGAACCACCUCCGGGGGCAGCUCCACCACCUGCAGGACGAGCUGAGGAGCCUGCGAGACUCUUGCGCUGAGCAGGAGAAGGCAAUAGUGGAGCAGACUCGGCUCAUCUGCCAGCUCCAGCACGAGAAGGAGUCCUCCCUCAGCAAGAGCCAGAGCAAGGCCGCCCUCCUGGAGCAGCUGCAGGGUGAACAGCUCUCUGCCCGGCAUGACCACCAGGCCAACAUGGACCAGCUGCAAGACAAGCUGCAGCGCCUGCAGCAGGAGCUGGAUAUCUGCAAGGGGCGCAACCAGGAGAACCUCAGCAAGCUGCAGUCCCGCGAGUGCCGGAUCGAGAAGCAGACGCUGGACCUGGAGAAGCUGCUUCAGCAGUGCCAGGUCCUCAAGGAGCAGCUCCUUUACUACGAGGAAGUGACCCAGAAGCAGGAGCGGGAGCUGUCCUGCCAGAGCAAGCGAGAGCGGCACCUGCAUGAGCAGCUGGGCCAGGUGGAGAGCAGCAGCACCCUCCUGGAGGGCAGCCUGGAGCUCUACAAGAAGAAGUUCCAGGCCUCGCUGAGCAGAGCCGGGGAGCUGGAGUGCCAGUUGCAGCGCCUAGAGGAGGAGGCCGCCUGCCAGGCCAAGGAAAAGGACGAGGCUCUUUGUAGGUUGCAAGCAGAGCAGCAUAUCCUGCAGGAGGAGCUGAAGGGCAAAUGCUGGCAGGCCAGCCGGGCGGAAGACGCUGCCGAGCAGCUGAUGCGGGAGCUGCGCGGCACCCAGGUGGAGCUGGCCCAGAGCCAGCAGCUCGCCUGCCAUACUGAAGAGACCAUCCAGGCGCUGCAGGAGCAGUUGGCAGCCAGCCAUGUCCAGCUCCUCGACCAAGAGGCGGCGCUGGCCACGUUGCACAGGGACUUCGCUUCUUACAAAGCAACUCACAGCUGCUCCAACGGCAGCUAUGAAAGCCAGAUAGUCGCCGCAGAGUCCCUCAGGCAGAAGCUGCUGCAGGAGGAAGAGGAGAGCUCUAAGCACCUGCGCCAGGCUGAGGAGUACCAGGGCCUGGUGCAGGAUUUAAAACUGGAGCUGGUGAGGGUCACUGAGCAGAAGAGCAGCGCUCUGAAUGACUUGGCUCACCUGGAGCUGAACUUGCAAAGCCUGUAUGAGGAGGCAGCAGCUGAGAGGGACAAGCAGCAGCAGCAGGUCCAGCAGCUGCAGAUGGAGCUCAAGGAAAGCCGCAAGCUGGUUGCUCAAAAGGAGCAGGCCAUCCAGAAGCGAGAUGCAAUCCUGCGGAAGUCCCAGGCGGAGAUGGUGCACGCCUGCAGCACCCUGCAGGAGAAGGGGCAGGAAGUGGAGCAGCAGCGUGCCCGAGUCCAUCACCUGGAGGCCGGCCUGCAGAAGGCCAAGCAGGAGCUGGAGCACAGCAGAGCGGAGUGUGCUACAUUGUGCACCGAGGUGCAGGCCCUACGGCGGAGCUUGCACAAGAGCCAGCAGCAGCACCAGCAAACUGCCCAGGAGCUGGCGCAGCAGGAAGAGCAGCUGCUGGUGACCCAGAGCAGCCUGCACAACGCCCAGCAGCAGCUGAGUGAGCGGCUCACAGAGCUCACACAUCAGACACAGGCUGGCCGCCGGCUGGAGGCAGAGCUCCGGGUUCUCAACGAAAGGCUCUCUGUUGCUGAAGCAGAGCUGGAGCAGAAAAGAGAGCUGUUGGAGCAACUGAUGGGAGAGCUGAGCCAGUCAAAGCAGCAGCACCAGGCAGCCGUGCAAGAGUCCCAGCAGCACCAGAAGGAGGCAUCUCGGCUGCAGCAGAAGCUACAGAGCAGCCGGGAAGGACUGAAGACCCUGCAGCUGAAGGUGCAAGGGAACCAGUCGGUGCUGGAUGAGUUGCAGGCAGAGUUGGGCCAGCAGAAGCGCCAGGAGGAGGAGCUGCAGCGGCAGCUGCGAAGGGCCAAGGAGCAGGAGAGCCAGCUGGUGCAGCAAUGCAAGGAGCUGCAGCAUCAGCUCCAGAGCAGCCAGUGCAGGUUGCAGGAAGAAGAGUGGAAAGCCCAGAGCCUGCACACCUGCGCCACAGAGCGGGAGACAGAGAGCCGUGUUCUGCGUGAGCAGUUGAAGCAGCAGAAGACGGAGCUGGAGGUGCUCCGCAAAAAGUAUGAACACGCCCAGUUGCAGCUGCAGCAGGAGACAGCAGAGGUGUUGCGCCAGGAGGCCACCCUCUCCCAGCUCCACACUGAGCUGCACACUGCCCAGGAGAAGGAGCGCCAGAACAACCAGUCCCUGGCUGCAGCCAAGAACAUUGCCCAGGACCUCCGGCUGCAGGCCACGUCCUGCCAGGCCAGCCAAAGGGAGGCCAUGGAGCAGCUGGAGCAGAGAACCCGGGAGGUGUCCUGCCUGCAGGCGGAGCUGCAGCUUGCCCAGCACAGGGCAGACCAACUGGAGGAAGAGCUGAGCUGCUCCCAAGAGCAGCUGCAGCAGCUGCUGGCCAUGCAGAGGGAGAGGGAGCAGGAGGCCUGUGCCUCCGAGGAGCGGCUGAGCGCCCUGGGCAGCCAAGUGCAACACUGGCAGCAGGAGCACCGGGCAGCCGAGCGGGCUCUGGCCGAAAAGGAAGAGGAGCUGGUGGUGAUGAAGGUGGAGCUGGCCUCACUGGAGGAGAAGUGUCACCAGGCAACAGAGGAGAGAGAAGAGCUGCAGAACGAAGUCAAUGUCCUCCGGCAGAAGUUUGUGGUUUCCAGCCGGGACGUGGAAUCCCUGCAGACCUCCCUGGAGACAGCACGGGCCGACAGCUACCGCCUGCAUCAUGAGAGUGAGUUGGUGGUGGCCAACGUCAGCCAGUGGGUGAAGGAGCAGAAGCAGGUGAACGAGAAGUUGAGCGACAAGAUCCGGGACCAGAUCAAGCAAAUUGCUCAGCUGACGGGCGAGAGGGACCACCUCCAUGGGCUAAUGGAGCGACUCCAGCAAGAGAAUAAACGCUUGAAAAGUGAAGUGGAUGAGCGGCGUAUUGAGUGUGAGCGCCUCAAGGCUUUCCACAGCAGUGAUUUGGACCCAGGUGCUGUACUACCACAGCCUUGGCCUACGUUCCCAGCGGAUGACUCUCACUGCUUGAGCCGGAGACAAAGCAAAGUGCUGGCUACAAAGUGGAACCUGUCCUAGCCCCUCCACGGCUGCUGGAUACCUAUUCUUCGCCACACAUGCUGGCCCCUCCCUGCCCAGCAGAGGACACACCUUGGUGCCUGCUGCGCCAGGCUCCAGUGAGUAUUUGGACAGGGACUGGCCGAUCGACUAAUCAUGUGACUUCUUACGCAGAAGAAGAA